CUCCCCUUUUGGGUCGGCAGCGGAGCGGCGGCGAGAGGCCGGCCGACACCGGGCGCAGCGUUCUCGCCGGAGCAUCCUUCCUGCCGCCAGCCCGCCCGCCGGGGAGCCGGAGACAUCUUCCGAGAUCUACCGAGCGCCCGAGCAGGCAGCGAGCGGAGCGGGGACGAGACCGUGAGCCGGCCAUGUCGGUGGUAGGGCUGGACGUGGGCUCGCAGAGCUGCUACAUCGCGGUGGCUCGGGCCGGGGGCAUCGAGACCAUCGCCAACGAGUUCAGCGACCGGUGCACCCCGUCUGUUAUAUCAUUUGGAUCAAAAAACAGAACCAUUGGGGUUGCAGCCAAAAAUCAGCAAAUUACUCAUGCUAACAAUACGGUGUCGAACUUCAAGAGGUUUCAUGGCCGAACUUUCAAUGACCCCUUCAUUCAGAAGGAAAAGCAAAACCUGAGUUACGAUUUGGUGCCAAUGAAAAAUGGUGGAGUUGGAAUAAAGGUAAUGUACAUGGAUGAGGGGCAUCUGUUCAGCGUGGAGCAGAUCACGGCCAUGCUGCUGACCAAGCUGAAGGAAACGGCUGAGCACAAUCUCAAGAAGCCAGUGACUGACUGCGUCAUUUCCGUCCCUUCCUUCUUCACAGAUGCCGAGCGGAGGUCCGUGUUAGACGCCGCGCAGAUCGUCGGCCUGAACUGCCUGAGACUCAUGAAUGACACGGCGGCAGUUGCUUUGAAUUACGGAAUUUAUAAGCAGGAUCUCCCAAGCCCAGAUGACAAGCCUCGGAUCGUAGUCUUUGUGGACAUGGGACACUCGGCUUUCCAAGUAUCUGCCUGUGCUUUUAACAAGGGGAAACUGAAGGUUCUGGGAACAGCUUUUGACCCCUUCUUAGGAGGAAAGAACUUUGAUGAAAAGCUUGUGGAGCAUUUUUGUGCAGAAUUUAAAACGAAGUACAAGUUAGAUGCAAAAUCCAAAAUUCGAGCACUCCUUCGUCUCUAUCAAGAGUGUGAAAAGUUGAAAAAGCUAAUGAGCUCCAACAGCACGGACCUGCCACUGAAUAUUGAAUGCUUCAUGAAUGACAAAGAUGUCUCGGGGAAGAUGAACAGGUCACAAUUUGAAGAACUCUGUGCUGAACUCCUGCAAAAAAUAGAAGCCCCCCUUUAUUCAUUGAUGGAACAAACUCACUUGAAGGUAGAAGACGUGAGCGCUGUUGAGAUUGUUGGAGGCGCAACACGAAUUCCAGCUGUGAAAGAGAAGAUUGCCAAGUUCUUUGGAAAAGAUGUUAGCACGACCCUGAAUGCAGAUGAAGCGGUGGCCAGAGGGUGUGCACUACAGUGUGCAAUUCUUUCUCCAGCAUUUAAAGUGAGAGAAUUUUCCGUCACAGAUGCAGUUCCUUUCUCAAUAUCUCUGGUGUGGAACCAUGAUUCAGAGGACACGGAAGGUGUUCAUGAAGUGUUUAGUCGGAACCACGCUGCUCCUUUCUCCAAAGUCCUCACCUUCUUGAGAAGAGGGCCUUUUGAGCUAGAAGCUUUCUAUUCCGAUCCUCAAGCAGUUCCCUAUCCAGAAGCCAAAAUAGGUCGCUUUGUAGUCCAGAAUGUUUCAGCACAGAAAGAUGGAGAAAAAUCUAGAGUGAAAGUCAAGGUUCGAGUUAACAUGCAUGGCAUUUUCACUGUGUCCACCGCGUCCAUGGUAGAGAAAGUCCCCACCGAGGAGGGUGACGUGUCCUCUGUGGACGGAGACGUGGAAUGUCCCAGCAGACCACCGGACAGCUCAGAUGCUGAAAAAAAUAUCCAGCAAGACAACAGUGAAGCUGGAACACAGCCCCAGGUACAAACUGAUGGUCAACAAACCUCACAGUCUCCCCCUUCACCUGAACUUACCUCAGAAGAAAACAAAACCCCAGAUGCUGACAAAGCAAAUGAAAAGAAGGUUGACCAGCCUCCAGAAGCUAAAAAACCUAAAAUAAAAGUGGUAAAUGUUGAGCUACCUAUUGAAGCCAACUUGGUCUGGCAGUUAGGAAAAGACCUUCUUAACAUGUAUAUUGAGACAGAGGGGAAGAUGAUAAUGCAAGAUAAGCUGGAAAAAGAAAGAAAUGAUGCUAAGAACGCAGUGGAGGAGUGUGUAUAUGAGUUCAGGGAGAAGCUGUGUGGGCCGUAUGAGAAAUUCAUAAGUGAGCAGGAACAUCAAAAGUUUUUGAGACUGCUCACCGAGACUGAGGACUGGCUCUAUGAAGAAGGAGAGGACCAAGCUAAGCAAGCGUAUGUUGACAAGUUGGAAGAGUUAAUGAAAAUGGGCACUCCAGUUAAAGUCCGAUUUCAAGAAGCUGAGGAAAGGCCCAAAAUGCUUGAAGAACUGGGACACAGGCUGCAGCACUACGCCAAGAUCGCGGCGGACUUCAGAAACAAGGAUGAGAAGUACAGCCACAUCGAUGAGUCUGAAAUGAAAAAGGUUGAGAAAUGUGUUAAUGAGGCAAUGGAGUGGAUGAAUAAUGUCAUGAACGCCCAGGCUAAGAAGAGUCUUGACCAGGACCCCGUCGUACGGGCUCAGGAAAUCAAAGCAAAGAUUAAGGAAUUAAACAAUGUGUGUGAACCUGUCGUAACACAACCCAAACCAAAAAUCGAAUCACCUAAACUGGAGAGAACUCCAAAUGGCCCAAAUGUUGACAAAAAGGAAGAUGAUCUAGAAGGCAAAAAUAAUUGUGGUGCUGAGCCUCCGCAUCAGAACGGAGAGUGCUACCCCGAAGAGAAGAGCUCUGUAACUAUGGACUUGGACUAGGUGGCGGGGCACACAUUCCUCCAGCUAACGAAGCAGUUUUGCCAUAGUAUGUGGUUCUACAUAACAGACUGAGACUAUUUAUAUUUUCUUUUUUAAGAAUGUCUAGAAAUUUUGUGUAUUAUAUGGAUAAAGAAAAAAGCUUAAGUCUGUAGUCUUUAUGAUCCUAAAAGGGAAAAUUGCCUUGGUAACUUUGAGAUUCCUGUGGAAUUGUGAAUCCAUACCGAGCUUCUGUGCAGUAUUUCCAUUUGUAUCACUGAGGAUGGGUGACUUGUCUCUGAGGAAACACACUGUACUGCCUGUUCAAGAGGGCCGACGAGAUCCAAGCAUCUGCUCUUGCCAAGGUCGUUUUCUUGCAUUUUGCUCUCCAUUUCAGCAUGUGUGGAUGUUUAUAAACAAGACAAAGUCUGACUCAUAAGGGCUUUCAAAAAUUAAUUCUAAUAGACUGAUUUUGCUUUCAUAUUAGUACAAAUUCAGUGAAUAAAACAAAAGCUUAGUGAAAUGUGUUAGCAGCAUGCAAAACAAAACUUAAAAAGUCCUAUCUCACCGUACAGUACGUUGUUGUGUGAAGGUGUGAAAUGAAGACUCUGAUACUGUUGUAAACUGAUUGUGAAACUCUAUGAGCUUUAGAAUAAAGUUCAUCCUCUGGAGUAAUUUCUAAA